UCUCAUUUUUUCAUCUGAAGCCCAGAUUCAUUCUCCCACUGCAGUCGACCCCCACUCGUCCAGCUGACCACCCGACCGUCACCCACUCCGGCGAUCCUCACCGCCGGCCCGAUGCCUCCACCACCACCCCGGCACAGCGCCGGAGACCCCAACCCCACGCCCGCCACCUCACAUUCCGGCAUGGUCAAGCUCCUCGCCGACCUCCUCCACCACACCGCGCCGUCCGCCUGGCCGCCGGCGCUCGCGGCGCCGCUGCUGCGCAGCCGCCUAGCCCCGGCCCACGUCUCCUCGCUCCUCCUCCUGCCGGCCUCGCUCGCCCGCCCGGACCUCUCCCGCCGCUUCCUCCUCCUGCUGCCUCCCCACCUCGUCUCCCCGCUCUGCCUCUCCCUCCUCGCGCUCUCCUUCAUCUCCGCCUCCGCCUCCGCCUCGCCGUCCCGCUCCCGCUUCCCCUCCCCGCACGCCGCCUCCCUCCUGCUCUCCCUCGCGUCCUCCUCCCCGUCCGCCUCCACCUCCUUCUCCUCCCUCUCCCACGCCUCCUCCCUCUCCCCCUUCCCGCCCGGCGCCACCGCCGCCGCCGCCUCGCUUCUCGCCUCCUCCUACCUCCGCCUCCGCUGCGCCCGCGACGCGGCCGCAGUCCUUCACCUGUCCCUGGCCGCCGGCAUCGCUCCCAACCAGUACACGGCCUCCCACAUAUUGUUUUCCCUUGUCAAGAUUCGUCAGUUCACCCUUGCCCGUGCCCUGUUUGAUGAAAUGCUUCAGUCUGGUGCUCGCCUGGACGAGCAUGUUUACACGGCUGGGAUUCGGGCUUACUGCGAGGCCAGAAAUCUUGACGGCGCCAAGGGGCUUCUGGCAAGGAUGCAUCAUGAGGGGGUCAAGGUCAGUGUGGUGCCGUACAAUGUAUUGAUCUAUGGAUUGUGCAGGAAUCAUCGCAUUCAGGAGGCAGUGGAGGUGAAGAACAGCAUGGUGGCCAGAGGAAUAAAAGCUGAUGAAGUGACUUACCGUACGCUCGUGUAUGGGUUUUGUCGGGCAGAGGAGCUGGAAAUGGCAUUGAGAAUGACUUAUGACAUGGCCAGGCUGGGGUUUGUGCCAUCAGAGGCCAAUUGCUCAUUUAUGCUUGAUGGACUACGAAAGAGGGGGCAGGUUCAGGAGGCUUUCAGCUUAGCUUGUCAGUUGGGUGAGUUGGGCAUGGUGCCCAACAUAUUUGCAUAUAAUGCAUUGCUUGAUAACCUGUGCAAGAGCGGUAUGUUUUGUGAGGCAGAUCGGCUUUUCAGUGAGAUGGUAGACAGGGGUCUGGAGCCAAAUGAGGUGACUUAUCCUAUAUUGAUACAUUCACUUUCGAAAAGGGGGAUGAUGGAGGAUGCACUUGACAUGUUCGAUAGGAUGAGAGACAAGGGUGUCAGAGUGACAGUCUAUCCGUACAAUUCCUUGAUUAAUGGUUGCUGCAAACAGGAUGAUUUAGACAGGGCGAUGGGGUUCCUGAGUGAGAUGACUGACAUUGGAGUGACACCAAAUGCAGCUUCAUAUUCUCCACUGAUUGCUGGUUUCUGUAGAAAAGGGGAUCUGUCCAGUGCCAUGGCAAUCCACCAGGAGAUGGCUGAGAAGGGUGUUGCAUGGAACACUUAUACGUUCACAGCACUUAUCAAUGGUUUGUGCAAGGAUAAAAAGAUGGAUGAAGCUUCUCGGUUGUUUAAUAAGAUGAUUGACAGCAACCUGGUACCAAAUGAAGCAACUUAUAAUGUCAUGAUAGAAGGGUAUUGCCUGGUAGGCAAUAUAAGAAAGGCAUUCCAGCUAUAUGAUCAAAUGGUGGAUAGGGGCCUCACACCUGACAAUUACACGUAUAGACCAUUGAUAAGUGGAUUAUGCUUGACCAGUGGAGCGUCGAAAGCAAAGGAAUUUGUUGCUGACCUAGAAAACAACUGCCCGCUGAACAAAUUUAGCCUAACCGCACUUAUGCAUGGAUUGUGCAGAGAAGGAAGGUUGACCGAAGCGUACCAUAUCUGGAAUGAGAUGGUAAUGCAGGGAGUCAAUCUUGAUCUUGUCAGCUUUACCAUUAUUGUGUAUACAGCCUUGAAACAGCAUGAUACAGAAAAAUCAUGUGUGUUAUUGAGGGAGAUGACAGAAAAAAGUGUCAGGCUAGACAAUGUGUUCCAUACAUGCAUGAUUGAUGUGCACUCAAAAGAAGGAAAUAUGGUCCAAGCUUUAAACUGUUGGGAUAACAUGAUUGCUGAUGGCUGCUUUCCAAAUACCAUCACAUACACAGUUUUAGUAAAUAAUCUCUGCAAGUCAGGGCAUUUGAGCAGCGCAGAGGUCCUCUGUAAAGAAAUGUUAUCCAGUCAGUUCCUUCCUAACAAUUAUACUUAUAAUUGUUUUCUUGAUUGUUUUACAACUGAAGGUAAACUGGAGAAAGCUAAAGAUCUUUAUUUCGCCAUGCUUCGAGGCUCUCUUGCUAACAUAGUGACAGUGAACACAUUGAUCAAGGGGUUCUGUAAGGUUGGGCAGAUUCAAGAAGCAAUUGACCUUAUUAGUAAGUGUACUGAAAAUGGUCUUUUUCCUGAUUGCAUUAGCUAUUCUACAGUAAUACAUGAGCUCUGCAAGAAGGGUGAUACAAAUAAAGCGUUUGAGCUUUGGAAUGAAAUGCUGUACAAGGGAUUGAAGCCUGAUAUUGUAGCAUACAAUAUUUUGAUAAGGUGGUGCAAUGUUAAUGGUGAACUUGAGAAGGGUUUGGGAAUAUACAAUGAUAUGAUUAAGAAAGGGGUGCAACCGAACUGGCGCACAUACAGAGCUCUUUUCUUAGGAACUUCUCUGAUGACCAGAAAGCGAGAUACUAUACUGCUGAACACCUGAUGUUUAGGGUCACCGUUUCCAAUGUUAUCCUUUACCCGAGUAGUCUGACUCACAUAGGAGUGCCCUGGCAGUUGCCGCGUGGACAAUCUGGGGCUACCAGAAUAUGGAAUUUCUUCUUUCAGUGAUAGGGCGAUGCCUGAGGUUUUGAGCAUAUCAGCGAAAUGGAUGAAUUAGUGAUGGUUGGGGUGGUUGAUGAAUCUGAAGCAUGCUUUGCGGUUGAUGAAUCUGGCCAUGACAUAGUAUAUGUAGCUCCAGCUCGUCAAAGUCUAAGCUCGGCAACCAUAACCAGGGUUUUACAGUUGCAGUCAUCUGCAUGGUACAACUUAUCUUUAACAGGAACAUGGUGUCUGUAAUCAUGGUCUCUACACCACGACCAACCUAAUUUCUGAUGGUGUGGUCAUCUGUACAAACGCCACUGUUCCUGGUUUCUGAUGAUGUGGUGAUCCAUUAGUUAUGGAGCAACUGGGAACUAUGCUGGAAGCCUGAUAAGACAAUUCUGUUAUUGUGGUAUUUUUGCACUCAUCCUUCUGAAAUGGAAGAAGUCCAAGCAGAUAAUAUAGGCAUCUGUUGUUGAAGUUUCCUUCGUUUGCUCAGGCUGCACAGUUUGUUUGAUGUACAAUAGAUCCAUUACCUGUACAAACUGUGGCGGACCUCCAUAUAUAGAAGCAAAGCCAGAAAUGAUCACGCAUACGCUUCAACAGUUUAACCUGAGAAGCAUGGAUAAUUUCAUUGUUUUUUUCUUGGUGUCAGGCUAUCAGCAGUAUUGAGCAAUCUGUUUUCUUUUUCUUGUUUGUGAGGCAAAUGUUCCUGUUCAUAUGUUGUGAAAGAACUACUCACUUAAUCUUGUCUCUAAGUCAAACCUGUUCAAGUUUGACCAAGUUUAUAGGAAAAAAAAACACAUCUACAUUAUUUAUGCAUGUGCCUAGUAUUGAUCCA